UGGCUACGUGACAGCGUGCAUGCAAUAGGCCGGCUUUGCAUUACGAGGCGCUAGCUUAGUUGGCGCGUGGUGACAGAAGCCUCGUGCUCGAGGAGCCGAAAUUGAGCAGCAGAUUCGCACGUGUUUCGAGGUCUGAAUAAGAUCCACAAUGUCAGGACCGAUUAAUCAUGCAAGAGCUAAGAUUUCUAAAAUAUUUAACGGCGAGCCCCAGUCGUACACGCGCUUUAACCUGGCUCCAAACACUGAUGGAGACAACAGCCAAGUGGAGGUGAAGCUCUCAACCGAGGUAGAGGAAGAGCUGGACGUCCCCGAGGCAGGGCACCGCCACGCUGGCCGUUCCCCUGCACGGACACAGCUAUGCACCUCCAGGAACAUGUUUUACAUGGCACUGGGUGUCCUGCUCAUCUUUGUCACCGGUUAUCUUGUAGGCUACAUGACACACCAAAAACCCAUGCCAAGCCAGGGGUCUGCCGAGGGGGUGGAGUGUCCCUCACUGCAGCUGGCAGAUAGCAAUGAUGAGGGGGUAGUUAACGUGCCAGAGCCCACUCUAGACUGGAAUGACAUCACAGGCAUGCUGCGAUCUAAGCUGUCUUCCUCGGCCUUUGUCCAAACACUGAGUGAGUUUUCCAGCGAGAACCAUCAGGCCGGCAGUCAGGGAGAUGAGGUGCUGGCCAAUAAGGUCUUGGGGAUUUUCAGCAGCCUCAGAAUGAACCCGUGGAAUGACGAGCACUACGUUCAGCUGCAGAUGCCCUCCAGGAAUGACAUGAACAAAGUUUUCUUUGGUUCUGAGGAGGUGGGAAGUCCACAGGGAUACUUGGCUUACAGCGCCCCGGGUGUCAAACAGGGCAGGGUGGUGUAUGCCAACUAUGGUAGAGUAGAAGACCUGAAGUACCUCCAAGAUGUGGGGAUUAAUCUCAAUGGGACUGUUGUUUUGUUGAGAACUGGAAAAAUCAGCCUUGCAGAGAAGGUUGCCAAUGCUGCCAAGUUUGCUGCAGUUGCAGUUUUGAUCUACCCAGAAAUUCCUGGCAAUUAUGAUUUGAAUACUGAGCUCUAUGGCCACGUCCAUUUUGGAACAGGCGAUCCCUAUACCCCGGGCUUCCCAUCCUUCAACCACACCCAGUUCCCCCCUUCGAAAUCUUCAGGCCUUCCUGAAAUCCUGGCUCAGACAAUCACUGCAGCCAUGGCUUGUGAAAUCCAUAAGAAGAUGGGGGGAAAGGAUGCCCCUGUAAAUUUCAAGGGAAAACUGAUAGAUUUCGACAGUUACAAACUUGGAGACUCGAAUAACAUUGUGAAGGUGGUUGUUAAAAACAAUGAAGUCGACACCAGGAUCCAUAACAUUUUUGGAGUCAUUAAGGGAUUCGUUGAUCCAGACCGCUAUGUGGUCAUCGGUGCUCAGAGGGACUCCUUCAGCUGGGGCUACGCCAAGUCCACCGUCGGCACCAGUCUUCUGGUGGAGCUUGCCAAGGCCAUCACAGAGAUGAUAAAGGCCGGGUUCCGGCCCCGGAGAAGCAUUGUGUUCGCCAGUUGGAGCGCUGGAGAUUUUGGCAGCAUAGGCUCAACAGAGUGGCUCGAGGGGUACCUGGCCUCACUUGACAGAAAAGCAUUUACCUACAUCAGCCUAGAUGGAGCAGUUUCUGGUGGAGACCUGUUCAAAGCAUCAGGCAGCCCGCUGCUGCACAAGCUACUGAAGGAAACCCUGAACGAGGUGAAAAUUCUUGCAAAAAAAGACAGGUUCCUCUACCAGAAGUUUGAUGUGGUGAAUUUUGAGGCAAAAGUUCUGGAGCCAAUGAAGAUGGAGGAUGGCGCUUAUCCAUUCUUAGCUUUCUCUGGAAUUCCUUCCAUCUCCUUUCGCUUUGUCUCAGAUGAGCAGGCUUCACCACACUACAAGUACUUUGGAACCCCUCUGGACACCAAAGACAGGUUGGACAUUGCCACGGGGCAGAAGGUGGGGGAUUUCUGCGUGUCUGCUGCCCAGGUGGCUGGGCAGAUGGCCCUCAGGCUGGUCCACGACCACCUACUGAGGCUGGAUGUGACCACAUACACAAGCUUCCUCAGGAAGCAUGUGGCCAAGAUCAACAUGAACUUAAAUCAGCUCAUAAAGUCCAGUGUGUGGGCACCCACACAACUGUCUGCUCGGUGGUUGAUCUCAGCAGUGGGUUCUUAUAGUCGUGCUGCUGACGACCUGCUCAACGAUGCCCAGAAUAGCGACCUGGAAGAUGAGGAGACCUGUCGCAAAAUCAACGACCGCAUCAUGAGGGUGGAGCACAACCUGCUAUCCCCCUACGUGUCUCCGAGAGACGUCCCGUUCCGCCACAUUUUGUUUGGCUUUGGCAACUACACCCUGACUGCGCUCGAAGACCACCUGAAAAACCUGAAGACACCCGAAGCCGACACCGACCUCCUGCGCAACCAGUUGGCCCUGACCACCUGGACCAUCCAGAGCUGCGCCAACGAUCUGGCCGGAGACGUGUGGGUCUUGGACAAUAUGGUCUAGCUGUCUGGAACAACCACUGUAGAAAUAUUAACCAUUUUGAACAUAUCAGAAUGUUGGAAUAUAUAAAUGCAUUCAGGCCUGGCUAAUAGGCUGAUGUGAGUAAUCACUUAUCAGGUUUGUGAUUUGCUUUAAUUAGUUUAUUACCCCCACCUGAAUGCAUCUGCAUGGAGGCUUGGCUGAGAAAUAAUUAAUUAUAAUACCAAAUAUUUACUAUUAUUAAUUAUCCUAGUAUUGUUGAGCAGCUCAUCAUAAGAUAGGUGAUUUGAGCUGUAGUGACACCCUGGUUAAACGCUUGGUGUAAAUGGAGUUAUGACGCAUGGAAUUCCAGAACUUGAGUUCUGAAAAUCUGAGGCAUACAACAGCAAUUACAGUGCUUAAGCACAGGAUGAGGAGCAGGUUACUGAGAGGCCAGGUGCUCAUGAAGGCCUCCCUCCUUCAUGGCUGCUAAUUUUGUGUUUGAACUGAGUUGACUCCGUUUCACACUUAUACCCCAAGCCAAAGGCCUUGCAGAGGAAACCUCUGCCUUUGCUGUCUGUCAGUCAUGACCUUACCCGUUUGGCACGGGAGAAGACUUUGCUACUUAUUUAUUUAUCAGUGACAGUGUUCACUAUAAAAUGUUGUGUUUGUUUUUUUGGUAUGUUUGUCUUUGAUUUUGUGUGUGGUGUUUUUUUUUUGUUUUGUUUUUUUUAUUAUUAUCGGAAGCAGUGCCUUCCAUAAUCGUGACGGUUAUACUGUCAGUUUAUAAAAGCAGCAUCUGCUAUCAGAAAUACAUGUUACCAAAAGCUGUCACUAGAAAUUGCUAUUGUAGGUGCAUGUGGUCUUCAACCCAGAAGUACUUGGUAAACAUGGAGCGUAGACCCAUUCAGUAAGAAGCAGUGUCAUUGGGCAAAUAAACAACCUUAACCUGUGCUUUGUUUUUGCUGGAUUUUACACAGAAUUGAGUGUAAAAUUUAGAUAUGCACUAUAACACGUCAAGCUCUAAAUUUGUUCUGUGGAAAAUGAUUUGGUUUAAAUUACUGCAAAAUUUCUAGCCUUUUCUGUGACCUAAGCAUUUUUUUGGAACAUAUAUUUCUAUCCUGAAACAUUAUCGGGAGCAGUGUCUUCCAUAAUGUAAAGUGUGAUGGUAGUUUUUGCCUACCAUUGUGUAUAUAUCGGGGGCAGUGUCCCUCAUAUUUCACUGUAGGGUGGAUUAAAUUAUCGGGAACAGUGUUUCCCAUAGUUUUUUAUACACAUUUCAUUUUCUUUUAUUCUGUUAAUGCUGAGGUAAUGCUGUAUGAAAUGUUCCCUGUGGCCAUUUCAGUUAGUGGCUGUUGGAUGUGCUUUCUUCUAGUUUAAUAUUUUUCUUAUUGAGUUUUGGUCAAAGCACAGGAGAAAAUGUAGUUGAGGGAGAAGCAACAGUCUCGGUGGCUUUGCGUCUGAUUGUGUCUGUGUGAAUAUUGCCAGCAAAUACUCAUACAUUCGUCUGUCUUGCUGCUUCAGCUUCAGGACCUUUGAAGAAAUGUAGGAGAUUCAUUGACUCGGAACAUUAGCAUCCUCUGCUGGUCAAAACUCUUUCCGCUUUAAAGAAAUACUGCAUUUUGAGCAUCUAAAAAUACUGCUAUGAUAACCUGUUCAGAAUCUUCCAACAACUAUCUUUGUUGGUUUCUUUUUGGAAAGGUGACUGCUAGGAACGGUGUGAAAGUUGUGUGAUGCUGCCCUUUCUCACUUUGCUUUUUCACGUGAACACUUUCGAAGUUGCUUUUCUGGAUUUCACACUCGGUAGUCUUCACAGACAGGCUGGAACAGUGGCUUGGUUUAGGUUUAUAUGCUAAUCUUACUCUUAUUUGGCUGCAUGUAAUGCAUAUUAAUCUUCUAAUGGCACUUAAUUUGAUUACACUUCACAUUGUGCUGAGCAAUGAUGGGAUAUGGUAUGCUGUUACUAGAAAAUGAAAUCAAUUUCUUGCAAGCUUUAUGCAGUACAAUGUUCAAAGAAAUGCUCUAGAUUAUGUUUAAGCUUCAUAAAGAUGGAAUGUGCAUAUCUACUUAUUGCUGUCAGAUUAAAUUAGUCAUCUCAAUUCGUGUAAAGAACUUUUAACAAAUUAAUGAUUUUGAAAAAUGCUUUUCAGGCAAAUUUUAAAACCAUUUUCACCAAUGAUUACAAUUCGUGAUUGCUAUGUAUUGAAAGUAAUUGAUGGUUAUACACCCAUUUUCUUUUGGACAUUGUUCCCUUUGGAUCUGAAUACUCUGUUCUUGCUCUACAAUAAAAGUGAUGUAUGCUUAUUGUGA